AUGGCGGCCGACAGCGGUCGACAACGUGCCCCUCAAGCCGCACACGCAUGUGUGAUCUGCCAGUUUGUUGACGAUAUCAGCACUCGCUAUUUCCGAAGUUUCCACCUCCAUCUGCCCAUAAUCUCUCGUACGCGCUUCUACAACAACCUCAUCACGCUGGGAACAGCUCGAGCUGCCGACUUUUCCGUCUUGCUAUUGACUAUCUGUCUUAUCACGCAUGCUCCUGCAUUGGGGUACGAACACAGUCAUGAAGCCCCUCGACCCGUCGAACAGCAGACCCUCUAUCUCAUUGCGAGGUCUCUAUUUGCCCAGGUCCAGGUAUCUUGCCCACCGUCCGUCCCUCUAGUCCAGACUAGUCUUUUGUUAGCUAUGUAUGAAUACACACACGGCCGACCGGACGAUGCAUUUGUGACUAUUGCAGGCAGUGCACGGAUGGCAUACGCCGCCCGUAUCCACGCUCGUGACCGUCACAAAGCCCAGAUGACACAUAUAGCUGGCAAGAAUACAAAUAGCGACCUUCUGCUGCAGGCUGAGGAAGCAGCAAAUACAUGGUGGGCCAUCGUCAUCUUUGAGCGGACCUUUUUUAGCGAAGUAGCAUGCAUCGAUCAACCGUUGGUGACUGUCUUUCCUGGUGGAGAUGCUAGACUUCCGUUCGAUCUUCAAGUCUUCGACCAGCUCGAUGUUUUAGACCCAAGAUUAGAUACGAAUAUCCAAAACUUCCUAUCGUUGGUCAUGCCAAAUACCGUAGGGCAAUUAGGUGUCUAUUGUGCAGCAAUAAGCAUUUCCAUUAGAUCGCAAGAGGCACUUGAUACUGUUACGAAGGUGGUUGUCGAUAUUGCAGAGUCCGUCAUCCUUGGAUUUCCUGCAAAUACGGCGACAUCCGUGAUUGACGCCAUGCCUCCAAUGUUUCCAUAUAUCACUCGAGCUGCGUUAACGCAUAUUAAUAACAGAGUCCAGAAUGAAAAUACCAGUUGGCUCCGAAGUGAUGAAGACGUACUCCAGACGGCCAUUAACAAAUACUUCCAACGCUGGAACGUGAACACUGACUGA